CCCAACCAGGGCCUUAUGGAGGCCGUAGCGGCCGAGAGGCUCCUUCGGGAUGGUCCCAACGAGCUCCGCCCCCCUCGGGGCACCCCGGAAUGCGUCAAGUUUGGACGUCAACUGGCGGGGGGUCUCCAGUGCCUCAUGUGGGUCGCGGCCGCCAUUUGCCUCAUCGCUUAUGGGGUGCAAGAGGGCGAAGGCGAUCGCGGUAGCUCCGACAACCUCUACUUGGCCAUCGCGCUCAUCGCCGUCGUGGUGGUCACCGGGUGCUUCGGUUACUACCAGGAGUUCAAGAGCACCAACAUCAUCGCCAGCUUCAAGAACCUGGUGCCUCAGCAAGCCACGGUGAUCCGGGAGGGGGAGAAGGUCCAGGUGAACGCCAACGAGCUGGUGGUUGGGGACCUGGUGGAGAUCAAGGGGGGGGACCGCGUCCCGGCCGACAUCCGCAUCAUCUCGGCCCAGGGCUGCAAGGUGGACAACUCAUCCCUGACCGGCGAGUCGGAGCCCCAGACGCGGUCACCCGAGUGCACCCAUGAGUCACCCCUGGAGACCCGGAACAUCGCCUUCUUCUCCACCAUGUGCUUGGAAGGCACGGCCAUGGGUCUGGUGAUCAACACCGGGGACCGGACCAUCAUUGGCCGCAUCGCCAGCCUGGCCUCGGGGGUGGAGAACGAGAAGACCCCCAUCGCCAUCGAGAUCGAGCACUUUGUGGACAUCAUCGCCGGCCUCGCCAUCUUCUUCGGGGCCACCUUCUUCGUGGUGGCCAUGGUCAUUGGCUACCCCUUCCUGCGCGCCAUGGUCUUCUUCAUGGCCAUCGUGGUGGCCUACGUGCCCGAGGGGCUGCUGGCCACCGUCACGGUGUGCCUCUCAUUGACGGCCAAGCGCCUGGCACGCAAGAACUGCGUGGUGAAGAACCUGGAGGCGGUGGAGACCUUGGGCUCCACGUCCACCAUCUGCUCCGACAAGACCGGGACCCUCACCCAGAACCGCAUGACCGUGGCCCACCUCUGGUUCGACAACCACAUCCACACCGCCGACACCACCGAGGACCAAUCCGGGCAGAGCUUCGACCAGUCCUCAGAGACCUGGACCAUGCUGAGCCGCGUCAUCGCCCUCUGCAAUAGGGCCCAGUUCAAGCCAGGCCAGGACAACGUCCCUAUAGCCAAGCGUGACGUCAUCGGUGACGCGUCGGAGACGGCGCUGCUGAAGUUCGCGGAGGUGACGUUGGGGCCGGUGGCGGCGCUGAGGGCCCGGUUCCCAAAGGUGGUGGAGCUGCCCUUUAACUCCAGCAACAAGUUCCAGGUGAUCAUGGUGACCGGGGACCACCCCAUCACGGCCAAGGCCAUCGCGGCCGCUGUGGGCAUCAUCUCCGAGGGCAGCGAGACCCCCGAGGAGGUGGCGGCGAGGCUGAGGGUGCCCUUGGAGCACGUGGACCCCAGGUGGGAGCAGCGUGGCCAAUGGAGGUCAUUGGUGGCCAAUGGAGGUCAUUGGUGGCCAAUGGAGGUCAUUGGUGGCCAAUGGAGGUCAUUGAGGGCCAAUGGAGGUCAUUGA